UUAUGGCUCUCAUCUUCAGUUCCGCAUAGGACACAGUGGACAUCUUCUACACAGCCCCAUGUUGCUAAUAGAUCCCUUGUGAGCAGCCUGCUUUGCAAUGCUAAAGUAUAUGGAAAUCCCCUCAGGACAAGCUGCAUUGUUACAAGUCAGUCUCCUCCAGUCCACCUCUUGGAUACAAUCACUGGAUUUUUACUAGCAAGAGUUGGCAAUGUUGAUUUGAGGAGGAAAACUAACUAUACUAUUGUCAAUUCAAAUAUAACAGUGAAGCAUCAGAUUGAAGAUGCUUUUAAAAUAUUCACCACAAGGGAGGACAUUGCGAUAGCGCUAAUCAGCCAAUAUGUUGCAAACAUGAUGAGAUUCUUGGUUGAUAGUUACAAUAAACCAAUCCCAACCAUUCUGGAGAUUCCAUCAAAGGACUAUCCAUAUGAUCCUGCUCACGACUCUAUUCUUUCACGAGUGAAGUAUUUCUUCUCUACUGAAUAGUGGCAUUUGAAAGACGAUGAGAAAAAAUGGUUUACGAUGUUAAGGCCUGGUGUGCUGUUUUGGCUUUGACCAUUUCUUCUGUGUUGGUUGAGCAAUUGGAGGAAUUGUACGCACCACUUAGCGAUCAGCAAAGCCAUUGAAGAAUUCUUGGUGACACUACUAUUAUUUUUCUUUUAUAUAUAUACUUUUUUACUAAUUAUUUAAAUACCCUCUAUUUUAAAAAAUAAUUAAUGGGAAAUUAAUUAUGUUCCCUAUACUUCUGUUUACCUUAAAUUAUAUCCUAUUCCUAAAGAAACUAGGAGAAAUAUAUAAAAUAGGGGGAAACUUUUUGUUUCCGCCUUAAGUUUCCAAAACAAAACAAAAAAAAAGGAAAUUAAUUCCUUAAAUCGUAGGAGAAGUAAAUAAAAUAGGAAAUAAAAUCUUUAAAUCGUAGGAGAAGUAAAUAAGGAAACUUUACCUUAAGUUUGCAGAAAACAAACUAGGAAUAUCCAUCUCUAUAUAUACUCUGAUCUUCACCCUCAUACUUUGUUUCUUCAAAAAUAUAAAAAAAAUCCUACUUAGAAAUUCUGAUGUUGAACAAUGAGUAACUCACAACGUAGAACUGCAAUUAGAAGUAGGCCAUCCCCCUAUGAUCGUUCUUCCAGAAGAA